CCAAAUGACAACACUUGUGACUGUUGGUCUCAGGGAAACACUUAUCUUCACAGCGGUUAGGAAGAUCCAGGUUUCCCCGCAGCCAGAGACACGAUGAUAUAGUUAGGUUGUCAACCACACAUUUGAAAAGACAGUUUUAUACUACAACAUGGAUUACCUACUCGAAGUGAAGAUAGGUGCUCUGGUCGGGUUAUUGCUCUUAACUCUUCUCGUUGGAUUCAUCCCUGCUCGAAUCAAAUGGUUCAGAGACACAAACGGGACAGAAACGCACCGCACAUUUCUGAGUCUGAUCAGCUGUUUUGCUGGCGGGGUUUUUCUGGCAGCAUGUCUGCUGGACAUCAUUCCAGAUUAUCUGUCGGACAUCAGCGCAGAGCUGGAUGUUCGGAAGGUGGAGACCAGUUUCCCCCUUGCCGAGUUCAUCAUGGCUGCUGGAUUCUUCAUGGUCCUCAUACUGGAGAGGAUUGUCCUAAACUGUCGAGAGAUGGUAGCAUCUCAGGAGGAGAGGGCACCCCUGAUGGCGGACAACAGAAAUGGACAUGGCCAUGGCCAUGGAACAAAUCAUGAUCUGGAGGGCAGCGGCCAACAUGUCCAUGUUGACUUUCAGGCUCACUCCCCCUUUCGCUCCUUCAUGCUCUUCCUCUCCCUCUCCCUCCACUCAAUUUUUGAAGGUCUUGCUAUUGGCCUACAGAGCACAGACUCAAAGGUAUUAGAGAUCUGCAUAGCGAUACUUGUCCACAAGACCAUCAUCGUGUUCAGCCUGUCGGUGAAGCUCGUACAGAGCUCAGUCCGUCCGCUAUGGGUGGUUGCUUACAUCAGCGUGUUUGCCAUGAUGUCGCCUAUAGGCAUCGCCAUCGGUAUCAGUGUUAUGGAGGCUCAGCUGGCGGCUGGAGCUCUGAUUCAGGCCGUCCUGGAGGGCCUCGCUGCUGGGACGUUCAUCUACAUCACCUUUCUGGAGAUCCUCCCCCAUGAGCUCAACUCCCCCGGGAAGCAGCUUCUUAAGGUGCUCUUCAUCCUGCUGGGCUUCAGCAUCAUGGCCGCUCUGACGUUCAUAGGCUGAUCCCAGUCUGCAGCUGUAAGGGGGACUGCAGCUCACACACACUUUAUACAGGAAAACAAACUGCCCUCAUCAGAGAAGAAGUAUGUUUACUGCGCACGGUUCCACACAACUCUACUGUUUUUAAUGUCAAAGGGAUAAUGACUAUAGAUGUUGAGGUUUUAUAUCUUUUAACUUUUUAAUUCACAAAAGAUGAGUCCUGUCGACAGUGUAAAUAAACAAUUUCCUUUAUGAGGGUUUUAAGUAAAGAUAAACCACUAUGUUUGAUGAAUGACUGAGAGAAUCACAGGGGAACAAGGUGGAACAGAGUGCACCCAUAUAUCACUGGCCCUGUUUUGAAUCAUGCUUUGGACCUGCAAACAAGGCCAGAGCUUCUCACCUUUGACCCUACCGAGGAAACCGCUGGAAACAAAGAGGCCAUGUUGAAACCCUAGACAUUAUUUAAUCAUGUUAGUAUAUUUCUUUGAAACUAACUCAUGGGAAGCUUAUUCUUUUCAAACAGCGCUAAUGGUGCCUUUUCUGUAACUAUUUCAUUGGGUCGGUCCUUCACUCUAUGCUGGAUGUUGGCACUUGUAACAUGUUAUGAAUGUUGUGACCCAGAGUCAUUUGGCAAAUACUCGCAUUUAAGUGCAAUGCUUUAAGUUGUAAGUUCCAGCAUAGUGAACUGUAGUAUUAACAUUUCAUACAUUUUUCCAGUAAGCUAAUGUAAAUGUAAACUGAAUUCCUCAUGCCUUAAGUUGUAUGCCAAAAAGUGGAAAUGAUGAGAAAAUAUGUGGGAUGUCUUUUGUGCACUUUCCCAAUAAAGAAUCGGUGAUCAUCUGCACACAUA